AUGGCUGGCUUUCUUUUGGAAUAUCCUGAAACCCGUGAGCUAACAGGAGGUGACUUGCUGGCGCAGUCGCUAAAGACAUGCGGAGUAGAAGUUGCCUUUGGUCUGCACGGCGGCCAUCUGGAUGCCUUCUUGAUGGGAUGCGAGCACAUUGGGAUCCGGCUGGUGGAUACUCGCCAUGAAACAGUAGCCGUUCAAGCGGCUGAGGCGUACUCGAAGCUGACAUCAAAGAUCGGCGUGUGCUUUGUGACCGCAAACAGCGGCUUCUCCAACGGUCUGCCCGGUCUUGCAACAGCGCUGGCAGACAGAGAUCCCAUUCUCUGCAUCACCUCUUCUCCUCCGCUUCGCGAUGCGGAGAACAACUCUCUCCAAGGCAUCAUCGAUCAAGUCGUCGCAUCUCGCCCGUUGACCAAGUUUGCGCAUCGAAUGACCAACCCUGAGGACACACCGCGGAUUAUCUCGCUGGCGAUUCGGACGGCACUGUCUGGUGCCCCAGGUCCGGUCCUCGUUGACUUCCCCAUCGAUGUACUGUUCUCUCCAGUUCAUCGUCCUCUCAUAUCCUGGGGCUCCAUUACUUCGCCAUUGGCUUAUGCUCCUGGACCGCAUGCCGAGGCUGUCGAGAGGGCCGCUGACAGGGAGCUGAUCCAGCUAUCCACAAGGACCGAAAUACCUAUCUUCGACACGCAAAAAUGUGCAACAUCUUUCGCUCUGCUCCAAUCCGCGUUCUACGCAGGAGGAGCCGGAAUGCUGGGUCUUUUGCGCGUCGUGGGAAAAGAAGCCCCCGACCUCAUCCUGCUCCUCGGCGCCAGGACCGGCAUGUAUCUGGCCGGUCGAAGCGGCGCGAUCAUUCCCCAGAAGAACUGCACCUUGAUUCAUGUUGAUGUGGAUGGGGCAGAGAUUGGUCGGACCUUGCCCGUUGAGUUAGGUGUGAUAUCGGCUGUCGACCAAUUUGUCGCCGCCCUCAAUCGCCAGUUCUCCACUGGGUUCAAUGGCGCUGUAGAUGCGAACUGGGUCCAGGAUGCCUUGAGUCUCAGAAAUCUCCCUUCUAAUUUUGAGAAGGAUCCUGAUUCCCACGCCCAUGGAGGCUUGCAUCCGUACCACACUGUCAAGCAGGUAUUCUCCGCGAUCGAACCAGGAAGCAUCGUUGUCUUGGAUGGCGGCGAGGCAGGCGCUUGGGCCGGUGAUCUGGUGCACCUGUGCUCGCCGAGCGCUAUACUAAAGUCGACAGGGAACCUCGGCUUCCUCGGGAAUGGCUUUGGAUAUGCACUCGGUGCUGCGAUUGCCGCUCCGGAUCGAAAGGUCGUCAACCUCCAUGGGGACGGGUCCGCUGGGUUCCAUUUCAUGGAGCUGGACACCUACAAGCGGUUCAACCUCAACAUUAUGACGAUCGUCGUGAACAAUUACUGUUGGGGCAUGAGCUCAAAUGGCCAGGAGCUGGUCUACGGCACGAAGAAUCCUGCUCGUCCUGCCAGUUCGCUAAGCCGUGUUGCAGAGUAUGAAACUGUCGGCGAGGGGUUGGGGAACGCAAGUGCCAGGGUCGAUACGAUUUCCGCUGUGCAGGAGACGGUGAAGAGGCUUCAGAAGGUAGAUGGCCCUAGCUGCAUCAACCUGAUUGUGGACAGCAAACCUAUUCAUCCUGUGACGACUCUGAUGGUUGGGCAGACGGAGGAUCCAGAUAUGGUGGUUGUACCCUACUAUGACAAUGUACCGAGGCCGUACUAUAAGUAG